UCUGUACCUUCUGUGCUCGGUGAAACAUAAUAUUAUCCCAUCUACUUUCAAUUGUUGAUUCUGAAUCUCUAAAAAUCUUCGUCAAAGAAGAACAUAUUCUGUUCAGUCUAGACUAGGCUCAUAUGACCAAAGCAGUUAUGAGCCACUAACACUGGGUCUGUCAAUUUUGAAUUUCAUUGUACCCAUUUUUCAUUUCGGCUGAAAUUUGUUUGUAUUCAUGAAAACUCCUACUCACACAUCUUAAUGUAAAGUUUUCAUAUGAUUUGUAAUUAGUAUUAGGGUGCAUUCUUGCAAAAUGAAACCCACUUUUUUGCGCAGCUUCAACACUAAACAAUAUUUUAACAUUUUAUGCUCAUAUGCACCAGUCAUUGGUUCUUCCUUCAAACUGAGAGCAAGUUCUGUGAGCCCUCAUGAUGUCCACCAAUUCUUACCUUGUCGGAGUCUCUGGUGCUCUCCAGUAUUGUGCAAGAGACGAAAGACAAGAGAGGAACGGAAGAACCCAACCCUCUUAGUUUACACACCCAAAAAAUUAAACGCACCGGUCAUUGGUGUUUGGCAAGGAAUAACUGUUAAAGAACUUGCUAAAGUGUGUGAACGCAGUGUUGACUCAGUUCUUGAAGCUUUAUCAUAUGAUGAAACAGAAUUCUUAUACUUCCGUCCAUCCUCCCAAUUGACAGAUUUCAAAAUCAUUCAAAGGGCACUGAAACGUCUAGGUAUGAAAAUGAAGAUAAUCGCCAAUCCAAGUCAGACUUUUCAAUUCGAUGGACCCCUUGAAGCUGACAUUCAAAGACGCCACUUAAAACCUCAUGUAGAACUGGUACCGCGACCUCCGGUUGUUACAGUCAUGGGCCAUGUUGAUCAUGGGAAAACAUCUUUACUUGAUGCGCUUAGAAAUAGUAAUGUGGUUGCCUCUGAAUUCGGAGGAAUUACUCAACAUAUAGGAGCAUUUCAAGUCAAACUAAGUUCUGGCGCUAAAGUUACUUUCUUAGAUACACCUGGACACGCUGCUUUCAAAGCAAUGCGAAACCGUGGUGCCCAGUGUACAGAUAUUGUAGUCCUGGUUGUUGCAGCGGAUGAUGGUGUGAUGGAGCAGACUUUAGAAUCAAUCAAGAUGGCGAAUGAUGCUCAAGUGCCGAUGAUAAUUGCUAUAAACAAAAUAGACAAACAUGGUGCAAAUAUUGAGAAGACAAAACAAAUGUUGAUUAAUAAUCAUGUAAUGCUAGAAGAAGCAGGUGGAGAUACUCAAGUUGUUCCCAUCUCCGCAAAACAGAAGUUAAAUCUCGACAAGCUAGUGGAAGCAAUCAGCGUUCAAGCCCAGGUUAUGGACCUAAGGGCUGACUAUGAAGGUCUUGUUGAAGGAGUUAUCAUAGAAUCAAAAAUUGAUCCUCAUCGAGGUAAGUUAGCCACCGUUCUUGUUCAGCAUGGUACUCUGAAAAAAGGUGAUAUUCUCAUCGCAGGACUAGCUUGGGCUAAAGUGCGGAACAUGUUUGAUGAAUCACGCACCGCAGUUACAAGUGCUCCCCCGUCUUUUCCGGUAGAAGUCAUGGGCUGGCGAGAUUUACCCCAAGCUGGAGACAUCGUGCUAGAAGUAGAGACGGAGGCGAAAGCUCGCCAAGUCCUAGAAUUUCGGCACAAAAGAGAAGAGGAGAAAAAGAUCAAAGAAGACCUUAAAGUCAUUGAAGCGAAAAGGGAAGAACAUCAUAAAAUUUACCAAGCUGAAGUUGAAGAGCGGCGUAAGAUGGGAUUUUUCAAAACCAGGCGUGUCAGAACUGCCAAACAAGUGGAGGAAGAAUUUCCACAUCUGAAUAUUCUUGUCAAAGGUGAUGUGGCUGGUUCUGUUGAAGCCAUUAUCAAUGUUAUUGGAACUUAUUAUGAUCCAAGAUGUCGUUUAGAUGUAGUGUCAGAAGAAGUUGGAGCUGUAUCUUUGAGUGACGUUGAAGUUGCGCAGGCUUUUGAUGCAAUUAUUUAUGCCUUUAAUGUUGAUACUUUCAAAGAUGCAAAGGUGGCAGCAGAGAAAAACAAUGUCACCAUUAAGAACAUAAAUGUCAUUUACAAAGUUAUAGAUGAUUUGAAAGAGGAACUCAGUAAAAGAUUGCCGGUUGAAAAAGGUGAAAAUAUCAUUGGAGAGGCGGUAGUGCAACAGAACUUUUUUGUCACUGAAAAUAGAAAAAAGUGUUCUGUUGCUGGGUGCCGCUGUACUACAGGAAAUCUGAAAAAGUCUGAGAAAUUCAAAGUAGUCCGUGAUGGGAAAACGGUUUUAGACGGUAUGCUCCUAUCAAUGAAACAUUUUAAGAAUGAAGUCGGAACGAUAAAAGAAAAUCUUGAGUGUGGGCUGAUGUUUGAAGAUACUGAAUUUGAGUUUCUGCCUGGAGACAAAAUAGUUUGCUAUUCACUAUAUGACAUACCUCAAAAAAUUCGGUGGGAUCCAGGUUUUUAAGGAAACGCUCUACGCCACUGAUCACCAAUUUAAGGCCCUCAAAACCUAAUUCUUUGUAAAGUGCCUGGCAAAAAUUGUCCUUUCCUGUAAAUUAUCUUGAUAAUGAUGUGAUGCCUAAUAAUGACAAAAAAAAUUUGAUUACAAGUUUCAUAAUGUUAAAAAUAGGAGUUGUUCUUCAUAUUUCUCAAAGUUCUCACUCUUUUUUUGCUGUUUAAUUCCUAAGUGAAACCUCAUGUAAAAUAUUAUUCUGAAGUUUGGCAACCAAACUUUGCAGAUUUCAAGCCCAUAUAUUUUAAUUAAAAUCAGUAAUGGGUUUUAAUAGCUGAUCCAGCUCCUGUAAAAUUGUUCUGAAAAUGUUCAGGUGUACCAAAGCUGAAUUUUUUAUUUUUUAUCAGGAAAUACUUACCUAUAAUGUGUCUAGGGGCUCCUUUGCUUCAUUUUACAGGAGGUUAACGAGGCUUUAUACACAGGGUGAUCCAGAACUCCCGUACCACCAGGCACCUCCCUGUGAAUUUUGAACCCCCAAAAUUUUAAAGAGACCAUCCAGAAAAGGGGCAAGAACCUCAGGGGUCUUUAGGGAGGUGAGGGACUAAAGGAUCACCCUGCAUUUAUUGAAAUAAUGCUAGAGUCCAUUUCAUGGAGGAUUAGAACUAGCGGUGUUCGUCUGCAUUUGUACAACAAGAUUAUGUUAUUUCCUCUUUCUCCUCUUACACUAAGCGGUCAAUGAAGGAAUCAGACUCUAGAUUUCAGGGAAAAGAUUAAAAGAUUGCCUAGUUAUUUCACUGUAUCUUCGUUACUUAAGUUUGUAUGUAUUUACAGUGGUAGAUUAUAUUGCUUCUGAGAUUGUUAGUAAGUGAGUAACAAAAGAAUAUAUUUCCUAUUUUGUUUCUCAUCAAUGUUAAAGAAUAAAUCUUAUUUUCCAACAA